ACUCGGCUCGGCAGGUUCGCUACUACAUCUUCUGCUAAUCAUAGCAUGCUUUGCCGCUAAUCCGAGCAGGCAGAGUUGGGGCCGUCGUCGCGGUCGUAACACUGUUGAGUGAACGAACAGUGGAAAAGUCAGACCUACUAGAUGGGUUCACUAUCAGUCGAUUAUGGUGUGUAUUCGAGAGAGCACAUCUUUCUACACCAAGUGCGCACUGUUUUUUUUAUUUGGCUGUCCCAACGUCAUAGGGAUUGGAAUACACUUCGUACCAUGAGUCCAAAUCAAAGUGGCAGGCGGGUGUGUGACUGGGUUGAGUGCUUUUGCUUCUUGCUGUCAGGAAUAACAGAAAGGCGAGAUUAAAGCCAAUGGGGGAAAAAAAAAAGCUAAAGUGCGAUCAUUCUAAUGCGUUUUAAAGCCGUUGGAAAAACUAGAGCAAAGCUGUGAUUUUCCCACGCUUCCUGGAAUGGUCUUCCUGUAAGUCAGUCACGGUUGCAAUCACGGUUUGCACGUUUUAAAUGAUAGCAAUUUAAACGCAAUGGCGAAACAAUUUAUAAAGUGAAAGUGAUGAAGAUGAACCACGGUUGUUGUACAGUAGAAAUUAUGUAGGCAAUAUAGCACAUACAUAAUCAGAAGGGAGAAGAAGAAGAAAAAAAAAUACUUGGAAAUGAAAAAUGAGGGACAGUGAUGAUAACGAAGAAAAAUUGUAUUUUCAAGAAUCCUGGGGUGUUCGUUGUUCCGGAAAAGUCUACUGCGGCGAAAAUCACGGUCUGGCAAAGUGUCUGGCGGAGUAGGUUGUGAUAAGCACACAAUUUAAUGCAAAAUAAAAUGAUUGCCAGCGGUGGAUGAUGUUCCUUGUAGUACAACACACCCGCACAUUUCUGGAUAUUACAAAAAUAGCACUUGUCUGCCACGCAGCCCAUCAGUUAUAGACAGCACAUGCAUUUUUGAUGUAGCAAAUGGCAUGAAAAAGGUGGACCAGCAUAGUUUAGUCGCACCUUUAAACAAGUCGUUAGUGAUGUAACGCGCAAAACAUUGGAGAGAAAAAAAAACUUACACUGGCAAAGGUGGAAAACCGUUGAUCCUAUCCAGAGUCCGUAGCAAACUAAAAAAAAGAAGAAAGGAAACAUCUAUGGAAAACGAGGCGAACAAACCCAGUGAAAUGUGAAUUGAUUUCAAAAUAGCGCAAUGAGGAAAAGCGCAAUUUUAGGAGUACUUUGCGAAGCAAUCAUUCUGUGGUACACCAGCAAAAUUGGCUUCUAGUCCAAGUUCAUCACGUCCGAUCCAGUAUACGGUCUACCGCCAAAGUACAUGGCGCUGCAAUUACAAUUUCGAAACUCUCUUGGAUCAACCGUACAGGAGGGACCCUGGUAGGACUAUACAGCCGUUUACAACAAUGGCCACUGCGGCCUGGCUACCGACGUGGUGGUACAUUUAAGUCAUCCAUGGAAUUGCGUGUGGCAGCCAUAAAUUACGCCCGUGAACCGACCGCCCGAGGGGUGCGUGAGAGUUGAGCAACAGACAUGCCGCUUACAGCAAAGUGACUUACUUUGGUGGGUGUGUGUGUGCAACUCCGAUACUGGCCUACUGGGUGAGAAUAAUGUGCGAAGAAUGGCAAUUGUAUCAGUGAUAUCGGUGGCCAACAUAACAAACUCUAGUGACAAUGGGACGAACACGACGACAAAUGGGACAAAUAUGUCGGACAAUGGGGACGGUAUGGGAGGAGCCGGAUGUCCGCGGCCGGAUGACACACUGUACCCGAGCAUGUUUGGUAUAGACCUAGCGGUGCCAGAAUGGGAAGCCAUUGCAACGGCAAUAAUUUUGACACUCAUCAUCAUCAUUACCAUCGUUGGAAAUGUGCUGGUGAUACUGAGCGUUUUCACCUACAAGCCACUGCGGAUAGUGCAAAAUUUCUUCAUAGUAUCACUGGCAGUGGCCGACCUGACGGUAGCCAUCCUGGUGCUUCCGUUCAAUGUGGCGUACUCGAUACUGGGCCGGUGGGAAUUUGGCAUCCAUGUGUGUAAAAUGUGGCUCACCUCAGAUGUCCUGUGCUGUACAGCUUCGAUUUUAAACCUGUGUGCGAUUGCAUUAGACAGGUAUUGGGCCAUUACCGAUCCAAUAAAUUACGCUCAGAAGCGAACCUUGGAGCGAGUUCUGGCACUGAUUGCGGGGGUGUGGAUACUUUCGUUGGUCAUCAGUUCACCCCCGUUGAUCGGCUGGAAUGACUGGCCAGAGAAAUUUUCCAGUGAGUUCCCGUGUCAAUUAACAAGCAAUCAAGGUUAUGUCAUCUACUCUUCACUUGGGUCGUUCUACAUUCCACUGAUGAUCAUGACAAUUGUGUACAUCGAAAUUUAUAUCGCAACUCGACGACGACUUCGAGAGCGCGCCCAGGCAUCCAAAAUUAACACACUAGCUAGCAGAAGCAUCGGGGACAGGGAGGUGGCCGUAUCCCAGCGUCAGCAGGACCAGGAAUCAAUUAGUAGUGAAACAAACCACAACGAACAUCCCAACAACAACAGCACGAGUAGCAGCAGCACCGAACAUCGGUCCCAGCGGAAACGGAAGAAGAAAGCGCGGGAAAAGAAAGAGGCUAAAGAGGCGGCAAAACGUGCUGCUGCGGAAAACCAACUCCGGAUAGCGCUUCGGGACGAAGAUUCCGUCACGGAAUACCCGGAAAAUUCGUCUGCUAGCGCCAAAGCCAACUGUGAUACAAAACCAGUGACUGGUCCAAACGGAACAACCGGUGGUGCGAACGAGGACGAUAAGACUAAUCCAACCAGCGCCGUCAACGCCACCAACGGAAGUGGCGCCACCGCGGCUGCUGCUGUUGCCGUUGCCGAAAGUGACAAAAAGACACAUCACCAAAAAGCAGCUGCCUCGACGGCGGCGGCGGGCAGCAAAAGUCGCAUGAAACAAUCGUUCCGCAAAGCUGGUGGCAUUAAUCAAUUUAUCGAAGAGAAACAGAAAAUCUCCCUAUCGAAGGAGCGACGGGCGGCAAGGACACUCGGAAUUAUAAUGGGGGUGUUUGUGGUCUGCUGGCUGCCCUUCUUCCUCAUGUACGUCAUCUUGCCGUUCUGUCCCACGUGCUGUCCGACGAACAAGUUAAUUAAUUUUAUCACAUGGCUAGGUUACAUCAACUCUGCACUCAAUCCUAUUAUUUAUACAAUAUUCAAUUUGGAUUACAGGCGAGCUUUCAAACGUUUACUCGGAAUCAAACCGUAAAAGUUCGGAACGAUUUUCUUAAUCAAGAACGUAUUAUACUCUUCGAGGACAAUAUUGCAGCCCAUUUGAUUUCAGGUUAGGUUAUUAUUUGGAAUUCGUGUGCCAUUUGAAUUUGAAAUUUCUUUUUUUAAUAUUUUGACAAUUCCUUCGUGAAACUACUAAACUACAAAGUCUAAAAAAUAAUUGAAUCGAAAAAUACAAGGGCAGAAAAUGUCCACAUUUCUGCUCUCAAAUGGAAAAGUGAUACUUUACUUAUUUACUCAGAUGUUUUCUGUAUGCAUUCAUUCAGUAAAAAAUAUUAUUGAAUGUCCAAUCACAAUCGGUGAUUGUACAGCUCAAUGGACAUUUGACUUAAAAUUCCAUUCAAAGGAUGUUUACGGAAUUGUCAAAAAUGUUGUAUGGAACUCGUUGCAAAAAGAAGUUUUUGCAUAGACGUGUCAAAGAUUGCAAAUUUACCACACAUUGGCAUUUUUAAAGCUAAAUUAAAGUGGUAAAAACUAGGGUAAUUUUUCGUCUAUGACAUGUCGUUCUACUCUUAAUUGUGCAAUCUGGAGCAACAUUUGAGAAGGGCGCAUUAGCAUUUAGGUAGAAAUUCCAGCUAUUGUUUUACACUUUGAAAUUUGUGAAAAAGUUUUGUGUUGUUUCGGAAUUCGCAAAAUAGCUUGAGUUGUCAAAAUGCUCGCCCUUUUUGUAUUGUUUCAAAAAUAAUCUCUUAUUUAGUUAUUUUCAGAUUUGUUUUGUAUAAAGUAUACUGUGAAUUGGAAAAUUGCUAUAAUCUGUCGCGUAAUUGUCCCACCAAGUAUAUUUUUUUUUCUUGACAGUCAUGUUUAUCAAUUUAUUUUGUCAACCUUCAAUUGUAUACAUAGGAAAGUUGGAACCAUGAUGCGUUUAAAGAUAGCAAUACAAUGCAAAAAUACACAUAUAGCAUUUCUAAACAUAAAGUUUAUUUACGAACAGGGGGAGUUGCCAGAUGAAUUAAAAUAAAUAAGUUUUAAACGGCGAUACAAAUUACCCUAGUUUGUGAACCACUCUAGUGUGCAUGUUUGCGUAACGGUGCUGCUGCUGCUGACUUGGAGCUGCACACAAGAUUUGUGCUCGGAAGCGAAGGUCGUCUCGCUUAGACCCCAAAUCACAAACACCGUCACCUCCCCCAAAUAAGUAAAAGUUUCAAGCCAACGCGCCACGAUAACAUGUUUGGAUAAAGUUUAACCGCUCGUUAACUUCCAGGGAAUCUUCCGAAACUUGUGGAAAACUUGCCAUUGAUUGAGAGUUGUGAAAUGAUAGUUUAGCCUGAGAAUGCUUUCGUUGACCUGACUUUAAAAACAAUUUAAAGUUUCAAAAUUAGUUGAAUGCCCUGAUUUAGAUUUGCUGCAGAAAAAAUGAUCUUAGGAAUUGCAUCACAACAAUUGCUUUUGAGCCCAAAGUAAUUGUUGGAUGACAGACCCCUUUGAAGAGUAUUUUGAAACAAAUAAUUGUACCGAACUAUACCAAAGUUUGUUCAAUCAUACAUGAAAUCUCCUGUAAUCGAAAAUGUGCUCGAAAUGGAAUUGUUCGCUUUUCACUGUUCAAACAGAGCGAAACAAUGCGAAGAAAUCAAAAACUGUUACUCGCGAAUCAAAAUUGGUGUUAUUGGUUCUCAACUGUACCUGUUAUGAUUAUAAUUUUUUAAUCUUUUGUUUUUAUAGCAUAUUAAUGCAGUUUGUUGAAACGAAUAAUAUUAUCAUUGAAAAAAACAUUAUGGAAAAAAUUAUUUAACCUGCAACGGGUGCUGAAACGACGCAUGCGUUUGUUUGUAGAUCGAAACGCGAAAAUAAAGGAUUAAACAAGUUGGUCUAUAUUACAUAUAUACAGUGAAAUACAUUUAUAAAUUAGGAACUUGUGAAAUACGGUAGUUAAGGACGACAUCAUCAAUGUAUUAUAAAGACAUAGUGAAUAAAGUUUCGAAAUAAAUUGCAUCACCUUGCGACAAAAUGAAAUCGUAGAAAUCGUUUGUUCACGGUGAAAAUGAAGGACAAAACUGUGAGAUAGAGGAUCAGUUGAUGUUUUAAAAUUACUCGCUGGCAAUCGUUCAGCAAGGAUGAACAGAUUAAAAUAAUAGUGUAUGCAAAAAAAAUUAUCUGUAAAUGUGUGUAAUUAAAAUGGUCUGCUGAAAGACAUUAAAGAAAUUAAUUGCAAUAAAAAGAA